CCGGACGCCAUCUGGUCAGCGCUCUCAACCGCCUGCGCAUUUACAUAAUACCGCAGCACGCGCUGAAACUAGAUGUGCAUCUUAUGCCCUCAUCAUUGACAUCGAAGACAUGUUGCAAGUGAAGGAAGGCUCGCUCGCUUCCCGGAGUGCAUCUCCACGGGAUGUUGUAGUAGUAGGAGGCGGUGUUAUUGGUCUCACUACUGCGCUCGUUCUGUCCCGCGACCAGUCCCUUCGCGUGACGCUCGUUGCAAAACAUCUACCGGGCGAUUCCAGUCCCCAUUAUACCUCUCCAUGGGCAGGUGCUAAUUUUCUACCCUUCUCUGCUACCGGUACUAAAGAGCAUCGGUGGGAGCGCGAUACAUGGCCUGCACUUGCUGCCUUGGCUACAGACUGUCCGGACACCGGCAUACACUUUCAGGACACGAUACUUUACACGAGGCGCAAAGACUGUGUUGACGCCACAGCCUCAGUCCAAUGCGGACUGCACUCGCCAGAACCAUGGUUCAAGGAUCUCCUGCCAAAUUUUAGAAUUGAUUACACAACCGUCGCCAACUCGCCAGAAGUCAUGUUCACGACACACUUCACAAGUGUCUGUAUCAACCCAGCCCUCUAUCUACCCUGGCUGCUCGGCCAGUGCUUGAGACAUGGCGUCCAGGUCAAACGCGCAUCUCUUCAUCACAUUCUUGAUGCCGCAAAACUGCACCAUACUGGACUGACAGCUGAUGUUGUAAUCAAUUGUACGGGCUUGGGAGCCGCACAACUCCACGGCGUACGUGACUCGACAGUCGUGCCUGUGCGCGGUCAGACGAUUCUUGUCAAUUCUGAUCCUGGCUGUAUGAUUGGAGUAUCUGGUUCGGAUGAAGGCCCCGAAGAGCUGACCUACGUCAUGAAACGCGCAGGGGGAGGGGGGACUGUCCUUGGCGGAUCAUAUCAUAGAGCACUGGCCAAGCCCGAGGCAGAUUCGGGCCUCGCGGCGCGUAUUUUGCGUCGAUGCGUCUCCUACUGUCCUCAGCUUGCGCAAAAGCUUCAAGAGCAAGGCACCUUGGACACUCUUUCCCACAGGGUAGGCUUCAGACCAUGCCGGACAGCCGGCCCAAGGGUGGAGCAGGAGCGUAUUGGCAACAUCAAUAUAGUCCACAAUUAUGGUCAUGGUGGUUUCGGGUAUCAGACGAGCUAUGCAUGCGCAUACGACGUUGCAAAGAUGGUACACGCCAUGGCUGCGUCCCGGCCGCUGGCAAAGCUGUAGACUUGAUUACUGAGUGGUAUUUCGAAGAUUAUGACACAAAAGAGGCGUUUUAAGAAGGUCUAUACGACGAUGAAUAAUCGAAACUAUUGCUAUGCAAAGUAUCCUGGUUGGGUACGACUUUGCAGACAAUCAAAGAUCCUCGCCCUGACCAGUAGAUGAGUUCUACCUUAUAAGUCCUGCUGCAAUGCUAUUGGGGUUGUUGUCAAGAUGUUCAUCAGCGCUCACGCAAGUCGUUCUCUCUCAAUAGAUUGCACAGGCAUUUCGUGAGUCUCUUCUCAGCGUGAUAAGCCGAU